AUGAUCAGAGAAGGCAAGCAACAAGGCUGGCUUUCACUGCCAGUCGAAACCCUGCCAGUCUGGGCCGCCUUCAAUGCUGUCACUUUUGAUGGCGUCAACAUCGGUCCCUUGCCAGGUAAAGAAGAUCGAGGCUCAACUGUCAUUGCUAAACGCUCCCUCAAGGGUGGUGAAGAGCCACCUCUCAUGACUAUCCCCCGAGACCUUAUCCUCUCUCUAGCAAGAAUCCACGAGCAUGCAAAGUCGGAUUCUGACUUUCAUGCCGUCCUCGACGGUCUAGAUGAAUUCGGAAGGACUGCUCGAGGUGCCACUUUGGCUUUCCUACUUAUGCAAGCCUUCACUGCAUGCCCGCACAUCCAGAACAAGAAGGGCGUAUCGAGCCCCUUCACAGAAUAUGUCAAGUACUUGCCCAUGGAAAUGCUUCCUACGUUUUGGUCUCCUGCCGAGUGCGAAUUACUCACUGGCACGACUCUUGCUCCUGCUCUCACUGCGAAGCUCAAUUCACUCAACCGCGAGUUUGAACGAUUGCGGGAUGCAACAUCGAGAUUACCAUGGUGCGCCGAGCAAUGGUGGGACGAAGUCGAUGGCAUUCUUGAGUUCGACGACUGGUUGCAGGUGGAUGCCUUCUACCGCUCUAGAGCACUUGAAUAUCCCGGGGUGGGCGAUUGUAUGGUACCUUGUAUUGACAUGGCCAACCACUCUUCGGGUAACAGCACAGCUGCUAUCUAUGAAGUCGACGAAGAAGGUAAUGCCGUGCUGAUCUUACGCGAUGGAAAGACCGUUGAACAGGAUGGCGAGAUUACCAUUACCUAUGGCGAUAACAAAGGCGCUUGCGAGAUGCUCUUUUCGUACGGCUUUAUCGAGGAUGAGAUGAAGUCUGCCCGUGAGCUAUUUCUUGACCUCUCGAUCCCUGGAGACGACCCACUAGGACGAGCCAAAUCGGCAGUUGCCAAUUGCGCUCCAGGCUUCAAGAUCGUCGACGCUGGGGAUGGUGUGAUCUGGGACGGUGCAUACAUCUGGCUUAUCUGCGUCAAUGAGGAAGAUGGACUAUCGUUCCAGAUUCAGCAGACUGUUGAAGGUAACCGAGAGCUGAUCGCUACAUGGCAGGACGAACCGGUGCACGGUUUUGAAGGGUUCCGUUCUAUCCUAGAGCAAGACCCUCUGUGGGACGUCUAUCAUCUUCGGGCUGUGAGCAUAUUACAGGAACGAGUUGCGAGUCAGCUUCAAGACCUGUAUGGGUCAGAUGACCGAGUCGACGCCGCGCACUACGGCGAUGGCACCGAAAUCAGGGAACGAGCUUGGGAUCUUGUAAAGCGCCUCAGACAUUUGGAAAGCGAAUUGUUGGAGAAAGCUUACAGUUUCUACGAAGACAAGAAACUUCAACUCAUGCAGAGCGAGACAGUCAUGAGGUUUUUGUCGGGAGGAGAUGCUGAGCAAGACGAAGACUUUUCCUGA